AAAACUAGAAGAAGCAUCAAAACACUCGAAAUGUAAACAGACAAAAAGGCGCAAUUGGUUUUGCAAAUAACACAUUUCACAAGGAAGUCCUUCCGAACAAACACUGUCAAUAAAUAUACACAAAACACAUAAUGUCGGAUGAUAUCAAAAUAAAAGAUGAGCCUUUGAAUGAAACCAUCGAAAAUGGCGAACAUGAAGAAAAGGAGAACAACGAAAGCGACGGCCUAAUUGAUAAAAUUACUUCUCUAAAAAAGUUGGGUCCAUUCAUUGCAUCGAAAGACAACUCAACAAAUACCGUUUAUUUUUCCGAUAUACCACAAGUGUGCAAAGAUGAACCCUGCAUGCUAGGAGUAGAUGAAGCUGGACGUGGUCCAGUCUUGGGGCCCAUGGUAUAUGGCAUUGCAUUUUGUCCCAUCAAAAGUAAACAGGCUCUCAUUGAUUUAGGCUGUGCCGAUUCCAAACAAUUGACUGAAGAGAAAAGGGAUAUUAUAUUCGAUGAUAUCAAUACCAAGGAAUAUGCCAAUUCUUGUAUUGGUUGGGCUGUGGAAAUCAUAUCACCAAAUGUCAUUAGUACCAGUAUGUUUCGAAGGGCAAAAUGUUCUCUGAAUGAAGUGUCCAUGAAUUCAGCCAUUGGAUUGAUACAUGCUGCCGUUGAUGAAGGAGUCAAUAUUGCCGAAGUUUAUGUUGAUACUGUUGGGCCACCGGAAAAAUACCAAGACAAAUUGCAAAAGAUAUUUCCACAAUUUAAAAUAACCGUUGCCAAGAAGGCUGAUUCCACAUAUCCAAUUGUUUCGGCGGCUAGUAUUUGUGCUAAAGUGAGUCGUGACCAUGCUCUAAAGGUGUGGCAAUUUCCGGAAGGUUUGAAACUUAAAUCCAAUGAUUUUGGCAGCGGUUAUCCUGGCGACCCGGUUACAAAACGUUUUCUCUCAGAAAAUAUUGAUUUGGUAUUUGGUUUUCCGAGAUUGGUACGUUUUAGCUGGUCCACAGCAGAAAACGCUUUGGCCGAUAAGGCUUAUGAUAUGGAAUUCGAUGAACCCGAUUCAGAAAAGCCAAAAUACGCAGGUCCAAAAUUAACAAAGUUUUUCAAAGGCACCACCAAGGAUGGCGAAGUAAAGCGAGAACCUUGUCGCCUGCUUAAGGAGAGGUUCUUAGAUAGUUGUGUAGAUUUUUAAGAAAAUAUUAUUUUGUAAGAAAAUCUCAAUAAAAUUUGCUUUAGAUUACUUAGAA